GCUGCAGCAAGCAUGGCAGCGAAAAACAAGCAGCGCAGGAAGGGAAAAGCUCCGACUAAAGCGAGAUUUCAGGAACGAGGAGACGAGGUUCAGUCUGAAAACGUCGACCGAGAAGAGGAGGAAGGUUUGGAUGAAGAUGGAGGUGGGAACAACGCUCAGGAAGAUAAAGAUGAGCUCGAUCUGGAGGAGGUUUUACGGCUGGGAGGAACACAGGCGGACUACGUCCUCCUCGCCGGUCUGGACGACAACAGCGAGCUCCUGGACGGAGGGAAGAAAGGCGCCAUAGACGACCUGGAGGAGGGAGAGCUGGAGAAGUUCAUCACCAAGCUGGGGAUCCGCGCGUUCGCCUCGCAGCAGUUCAUCAGCGACGAACCGGAGGCGGCUCCCUCCACCGCGGCCACCGCUCCCUCCACCGCUCCCUCCACCGCGGCCGCCACUUCCUCCACCGUGGCCGCCGCUCCCUCCACCGCGGCCGAGGCGCAGAGCGGCAAGAAAAAGAAAGACAGCCAGCAGGCCAAAGCGAAGACCGCUGGCGAUCAGGUGAAGAAGAGCGCCGACGCUUCGGCGGCGUCCGCAAAAAAGGCCAAGCAGAACGUGUUUGACUUCCACCCGCGGAACGUCCUUCUCGUCAAACCCGGCGGGAAGUGGUUCGAGGCGGAGUGCGCCUCCGAAGGCUCGGCGGCGGCGCAGGACCCGGCGCUGGUGUCCCGGUACAAGGAGCUGGCGCAGCGGCUGUACGAGGCCGAGGUGCAGCUCUUCAAGACCAAGAAGACGCUGCAGAAAGGCGCCAACACGCGCUGGAUGAAGACCGUGGUGUCGUCCGGCGUGCUGGCGGACAGGAUGGCGGCCAUGACGCUGCUGAUCCAGGACGCGCCGGUGCACAUGCUGGAGCACGUGGAGAGCCUGGUGGCCAUGGUGAAGAAGCGCGGCGGCCGGCGGAUGGGCCUGAUGGCGAUGGACACCGUGCGGGAGCUGCUGCUGUCCAACCUGCUGCCUGAGCACCGCAAGCUCCGCCCCUUCGACCAGCGGCCCUUCGACCAGCUGGAGGAGCGUGCCAGCGGCAACCGCGACGCCCGCGACCGCCGCCUGGUCCUCUGGUACUUCGAGCACCGGCUGAAGCACCACGUGGCUGAGUUUGUGGAGGCGCUGGACUCGGCGGCGCACGACACGGUGCCGGCCACCAAGGCCAAGGCGCUGGCCACCGCCCACGAGCUGCUGUGCGGCCGGCCGGAGCAGGAGAAGGCGCUGCUGGUCCAGGUGGUCAACAAGCUGGGCGACCCCGAGUACAAGACGGCGGCCAAGGCGUCCUACCUGCUGGAGACGCUGCUGCACAAGCACCCCAACAUGAAGGUGGUGGUGUGCUGCGAGGUGGAGCGCCUGCUGUUCCGGCCCAACGUCAGCGCCAAGGCGCAGUACUACGCCGUCUGCUUCCUCAGCCAGGUGCUGCUGAGCCACGACGAGGCCGAGCUGGCCGCCAAGCUCAUCGCCGUCUACUUCUCCUUCUUCCGCGCCUGCGUCAAGACCAAGGACGUGGACUCCAAGAUGCUGAGCGCGCUGCUGUCGGGCGUCAACCGGGCGUACCCCUACGCCGGCGCCGGGGACGAGAAGGUGAAGGAGCAGAUGGACACGCUGUUCCGGGUGGUGCACCUGGUCCGCUUCAACACGGCGGUGCAGGCGCUCAUGCUGCUGUUCCAGGUGAUGGACUCCCAGCAGAGCAUCUCCGACCGAUACUACGUCACCCUGUACAGGAAGCUCCUGGACCCCGGCCUGUCCUCGUCCUCCAGGCAGAGCAUGUUCCUCAACCUGCUCUACAAGUCGCUGAAGGCCGACGUGGCGCUGCGGCGGGUCAAGGCCUUCGUCAAGCGGCUGCUGCAGGUCAGCGCCGAGCAGGGCGCCAGCUUCGCCUGCGGGGCGCUCUUCCUGGUGUCGGAGGUCAUGCGGGCCAAGCCGGGCCUGAAGACGCUGCUGCAGGAGGCCGAGGAUGGAGAGGAAGAGGCGUUCAAGGACCUCGCUGAAGAAAACGACGACGAUGAUGAUGAGGAGGAGCGCUUUGUGGACGCAGACAAACAGGAGGAAGGAGCGAGUGUGGAGGAGGAGGCGGCGGCGGCGGCGGUGGUCAAACCCGCGGCAUCGUGGGUACAUCACCAGAACCUGGACGGCACGAAGAGCUCGCAGAGCUACGACCCGCUGCACAGAAACCCGCUGUUCUGCGGCGCCGAUCUCACCACGCUGUGGGAGCUGCAGAGGCUCUCGCUGCAUUACCACCCGUCGGUGUCGCUGUUUGCUAAAACCAUCCUGCAGGGAGGCUUCAUCCAGUACUCCGGCGACCCGCUGCAGGACUUCACCCUCAUCAGAUUUCUGGACCGAUUCGUCUUCAGGAACCCCAAACAGCUCAAAGGAAAACGUAAUGACGCCCACGCACACACACACACACACACACACACACACACACACACACACACACACACACCCCUCCAGUCCUUCACUCCUUUUUCAUCCUCAGAAAACACAGACGCUGCAGCGUUGAUGCCCAAACAAAGAUUACCUGCCAAGUCUUUACCAGUGAACUGUGAGGAGUUUCUGUCCAAAGACGAGAGUCAGAUUCCCGUGGAUGAAAUCUUUUUCCAUCGAUAUUUCAAGAAGCGGCAGCAGGAGAAGCAGAAGCGGCGGCCGCAGAGGGACGGAGACAACGAGAGCGUGGAGGACGUGGACGACGACGAGUUCGAGAAAGCCCUCGACGAGUUCGAGUCCGACUCCUACUUCCCCUCGCUGUCUGGAGACGACCUGGACUUCGCCGGGAACGUGAAGAGCUCCAAAGGGAAGAAGAAGGCCUCCGAGGACUCGGACUCGGACGACGUGGACGACUCGGACGUGGACAACCUGGACGACGAGGAGAUGUCUCUGGGCAGCAUGGAGGAGGAAGACUUCGGAGACGAGCUGGAGGAGGAAGGAGGGACGUUCAUGGACGCCGAGGGAGGCGGCGACGAUGAUGAUGAUGAUGAAGUUCCUGAACUGGAGGACGAUGACGACGCCUUCGCCGAGUCGGACGGCGAUGAGAUGGAGGCUCCUGAUAUCACUCCUCGCUCCAAGAAGCAGAAGAGGAAAUCCUCGGAGGAGCUCGACUUCUCCGCCUCCUUCGGAGCCACACAGGGCAAGAAGAAGAAGAAGAUGAAGGAUGGAGGCAUGCUCAAAGCUGCUGAAGAGUUCGGCUCCAUGCUGGACGAGAACGCCGGCUCCAAGUUCGACAACAUCGGGCUGAACGCCAUGGCCAACCGGGACAAAGCAGCCCUGAAGCAGCUGAAGUGGGAGGCCCAGCGCGACGACUGGAUCCACGGCCGCGACGCCAAGACGCUGCGCAAGAAGAAGGCCGCCUUCAACCGGAGGAAGACGGCCACGUUCGGCCGGGGCCGCGCCGCCGGACGGCCGCUCGGCGGCAAGAAGAGGAGGAAGUGAGCGGAGCGAGGCGGAGAUCCUCAGUCCCGCCGGGACGCCCAGACCUCGCGGUCCCGCUCGCGGAUGCCGUAGAUUCCCGCCCACUCGUUGGAUUGGUAGUAAACUGGGAGGAAGAGACACAAAGGAGUUGAUUUUUUAUUUGUAAAAUUGAGACUUUAAAUAGUAUAUUUGUCAUGGCGACGCGUCACAUGCAAACACCUUUUCUUACAGCUGCUGUAACUAAAUAUAAAGUUCAUAUUCAUACA